AUGGGCAAGCGCCAACAGAGAGACCAGGAACGGCAGCUUUUGGACGCCGUCAACGCUCGAGGCAACGACAACAAGUGCGGCGAGUGUGGCGCUGGCUACCCGACGUGGGCACUGGUGAACUUGGGGGUGUUUCUUUGCGGUCGGUGUGCGCUGGUCCACAAGCGGGUGUUGGGGCCGCAAGUAUCCCACGUCAAGCUGUUAACGUUGGAUACGUGGUCGUCCGACGAAAUCGAGCGCUUAAGACGCACCGGCAACCGCAAGAACAAGAAGAAGUACAAUUCCCAGCGGGUGCCGUUCCCCUUCGACGCCGACGAUGACCCUUCGUUGGUCGACCAGUGGAUGGUGGAAAAGUACAAGUACCGCUCCUACAGCGACGAUGUCGGCGACGUCGACUCCUUCGACGGCGGGCGCCCUAACCGUCUGCGGCUGAACAGUUAUUUGGACGAUGCCCGCGCCGGUGGCAAUCGCCUGCGCCUGAACAGUUAUAUUGGCAGCAGCACUCUUCGCUCCCAACGGUCCCGCUCCAGCUUUGCCGCCGGCAGCAUCCCUCGCUUGACCCAUCGCAAGCUCACCACUUACGAAAACACUCAGUACGCCAGCCAAGUGCGGACAAUCCAAGGGUACGGCUACCACAACCGCGACUCAGUGCUCGAGGCGCUCUUGCUCAGUCUGGGGAACAUCGAUGAUGCGGUGGAGAUCUUGGAACAAGACAAACGUGUCAACCCCAACGAGGAGGAGAUCGCUCCGCAAUUGCCUCGCCGUCGACCCACCAUCAGCGGUGCCGCCACCGGCGCUGGCGCUAACUCUCUGAGCGCGGCUACUGGCGGUAGCAGCGAACCUAAAUCUCUGGGAGAGUGGUGGAAUACGAAUAACGCCGCUCCGGCGCCGGCGGUGUUGUCUACGCCUACUGGCCUUCCUGCUGCGUCGCUGGGCGCGCCUCAAAUCUACCAAUAUACCGACCCCAUCACCGGCCAGGUGCUGUAUGUUGACUCUAAUGGCCAGCAGUAUUUGGACCCGCUGAACCCGCUCCACCAACAACAGUUGAUGCAACAGCUGCCACAGUUCAUCCAACAACAGGCUACUAAGCAGCUGAUUUUGUCGAUGUAUAAUCAGCAGGGCGCUCCGGGUGUGGGCGGCGCGCUGGCGCCAACCCCGGCGGCAAGAACCGGCCAGCCUCUGCUCAAUCAAUUGCAACAACAACAACAACAACAACAACAACAACAGCAGCAGCAGCAGCAGCAGCAACAGCAGUUCCCACAACAGCAGUUUCAACAGCAGCAGUUCCAGCAGCAGCCCAUGGCCACCGCGCAACAACCGUUGAUGAUGCAGCCGACAAUGGCGGGCUUUGGGCCUCAAGCCACUGGCUUCCAACAACAACAGUUCUAUUAUGGCCGCUAG